ACUCCAAAAAAAAAUUAAAAAAAAAAUGAAUUAUCUCUGUUUCAUCUUCAUCUUCUUCCUCUCGCCAUUCACUAUGGUUUUCGCCGGCGCCGGCGCCGGAGAAGGAGUUGAAAGAGAUAAUCCAUUCACACCAAAAGCAUCUCUAAUCCGUUACUGGAACAAGGAGAUCUCAAACAAUUUACCAAAACCAUGGUUUCUUAUCAACAAAGCAUCGCCGUUGAACUCAGUUGACUCAGCCGUUUUCGUAAAACUCGCCGGCCAGAACGAUCUCAAGUCGAGUUUACCUUCAUUCUGUUCUAAAUCAAACCUACUCUGUUUUCCAGAUUUAGAACAGAGUCUAGAUAAACACGAUAAAGAUUCAAACUUCGCUAUCUAUCUAAACAAAAACUUUACCAAUUACGGUACGAGUCGACUCGGCGGAUUCGACUCGUUCAAGAACUACUCCGACGGCGAAAAUAUCCCCGUCGAUUCGUUUCGACGGUACAGCCGCGACUCAACCGGUCAUGUAGAUAAGUUCGCUAACUACGCGCCGGAAGUUAACGUCGGCGACCAGAGCUUCAACACUUAUGGAACAAAAGCCACCGGCGGCGCCGGUGAGUUCAAAAACUACAUGAAUAAUAUCAAUGUUCCAAAUCUACGAUUCACAUCUUAUUCAGAUGAUACAAACGGAAGAAAACAAACAUUCACAAGCUAUUCAGAUAUUUCAAAUUCCGGCGACCAGAAAUUCAACAGUUAUGGUAAAAACGGAAACGGCGCCGCCGCUGAUUUCUCAUCGUACGGUAAGGAAUCAAACGUUAUCGGAUCUAACUUCGCUGCCUAUGGUGAGGUCGGAAACAGUGCAAACGACAGUUUUGUUUCGUACGGAGAAACCGGUAAUAAUCCUACAAAUAGCUUCAAAAGCUAUGGCGAUGGUGGAAACUCAGCAAUUGAUACAUUCAAAACCUACAGAGAUCAAUCAAAUGUAGGAGACGAUUCAUUUACAUCGUACGCUAAGAAUUCAAACGCAGCUAAAGUCGGAUUCACUACUUACAAAUCGUUUAACGAAGGAACUGAUAUAUUUACCGGUUAUGGUAAAGGUGGUCAAGGACAGAAAAUCGGAUUCAAGAACUACGGCGUUAAUACAACUUUCAAAGAUUACGCCGAUAAGAAUGCUGUUUCGUUUUCAUCUUACGCCACCCGGCCGCCGCCCGGCGCCGCCGCAGCGACGGCGAUGAUGGGGCAUGGUGGCAUGAUGGUAAAUAAGUGGAUUGAACCGGGUAAAUUCUUUAAAGAAGAGAUGUUGAAAACUGGAAAUGUUAUGCCCAUGCCUGAUAUUAAAGAUAAAAUGCCUAAAAGGUCAUUUCUACCCCGAUUAAUCACAUCGAAAUUACCAUUUUCAACUUCCAAGCUGCCGGAGAUGAAGAACAUUUUCCACGCCGGCGACGGGUCCGCCAUGGAGACGAUGAUGACGUCAGCGCUUUCCGAUUGCGAGAGGGCGGCGAGUAAAGGGGAGAACAAGCGGUGCGUCGGGUCGGCUGAGGAUAUGAUUGACUUUGCGAUAUCGGUUUUGGGUCGAAACGUCGUCGUUCGAACAACGGAAAACACAGAUGGGUCAAAGAAGGAUGUGAUGGUUGGAUCUGUUAAAGGAAUCAACGGUGGAAAAGUGACCAAGUCUGUUUCUUGUCAUCAAACUUUGUUCCCUUAUCUACUGUAUUACUGUCACUCUGUUCCUAAGGUUCGGGUUUAUGAAGCGGAUCUACUUGACCCGAAAACUAAGGUUAAGGUCAAUCACGGGGUUGCCAUAUGUCAUCUCGAUACUUCCGAUUGGAGCGCGACCCAUGGAGCGUUUAUGGCUCUUGGGUCGUCGCCCGGGAAGACGGAAGUUUGUCAUUGGAUUUUCGAAAACGAUAUGACUUGGGCAACUGCUGAUUAGAGUUUGAGUGGGUCGAAUAUGUGAAAUUGGAUCCGACCCGUUUGUUAACGAAAGAGUGAGCGAUAUGGGUUUGAUCCAAAAGAAAGAAAGGUUGGAGGGUUUAAAAUUGCAAAUUGUGUUUUGGUUUCUAAUCAAGUUAAAAUAUUUAUUGGUAAUAAUUAAGAAAUAGUAGCUAAAAUUUCAUAAAUUAAUUAUUAUUAAUAAUGUUAUAUUCUCUUGAUGUCUAGUUGCUUCA